AUGUGUCAGUUGGCCGACAGCAGCCCACCGUCGAAUCUGCCGCGCAUGCGCAGAGCCCCGAUGUGUGUGGUUUCCAGUGCUGCCAAUCGAAAGCACCGAGAUUCAAUUUCGCACGGGUGGCUUUCGACGUGGCUGACCUGUCCGGGGAGAUUCGACUCUCGGCCGAGAUGUCGGCGCAACUUCAAAAGGCGUGUGAUGGGCGAAUGUGUGAGGUGGCCGCCUGCGGGCCGGGCUGAAAUGAACAUGCGCACAAGCUGCGGAGGGGCGAAAAAAUUGGGAGGAGUACCUGGAGGUGGAGGAUCGGGUCUGUCCAGCUAAUCAAGCAUCAACUUCAUCAUCAUCAUCGCGGAUGCAGCGUGAACAGUUAGUCAUAUAGGAAAUGCAUGGGUAAUCGGAGGGAAAAGGAGCGGCUUGCUUUGAUAAAAUCGAGAUAAAUGUAGUUGGACUGCGUUGAGAAACUUCGAGAAAGAAGCGCUAUGAGUUAACUAUUGUUUUCUUAUUUUUAUAUUUAAAAGUUUGGCUUAAACCAGGAUACUGUGCUUAAUCUUACCAAUUGGAAUUCAUGUGUUCCCUUCAAUGAGCC